UAAACAUAAAUCUUAAAAAAUAAACAAAAUCAAGAACUAAAAUGCGUUCAAGCAAAAGUGCGAAGAGCGAGAGCAUUGAAAAAGCUUUAGAGCCGUUUGCUCUCCCACUCUUUAUCUCCCUCACUCACGCACGCUAGAACCUGUGCGGUCUCUUCGUACACAAAGCUUCAAUGCGCUCUGGAGCGGCGCUCUCUUUGGCAGUAUGUCUGCUACAGCCACUGCAUGCCGUUUCAUUCCACGCACAGCUGUUCGGCAUAUUGGGUUGUAAGAAGGCAAAGAGAAAUGCUUAAAGGCGUACAACACUAAUCACACACUCAACAUUUACUUAGUCGAGAUACUACAGAUAAUACUGUGGAAUUGGAUCAAGCAUAAAAGUUACCCCGCCGUUCAAAGUUCAAUAGGCCGACGGUCGUGAUGGGCACUUUGUCGCUGACAGAUUACGAGGAGGUGAAAAUUCCCGUGCCCUGGGGUCACAUAUCAGGCCGCUGGCAUGGCAAUCGCACGGAACGACCGAUCCUAGCGAUUCACGGCUGGCUGGAUAAUCUGGGAACCUUUGACCGUCUCAUACCGCUGCUGCCCGACUGCGUGGGAUUGCUGUGCAUCGAUCUGCCCGGACAUGGAAGAUCGUCCCGCCUGCAGCCAGGACUCCACUACUCCGUCCACGAUUACGUCUUCAUUAUACCGCGAGUCAUGAAGGAAUACGGCUGGCACAAGGUCUCGCUAAUGGGCCACUCUUUGGGCGGCAUCAUUGCCUUUGUCUACGCGGCCCUCGCACCCCACACUGUGGACAUGAUCAUUUCGCUGGACAUACUGCGACCGCUGCCCUCUGAUCCCAGAGGAAAGGAUGUGGAUACUUUUCGCAGCCAUUUGGAGAAGCAUCUGGUGGAAGAUGAGCGCCAGGAGUUGGGCAAAAUGCGUGAACCGCCCUCCUACACGCUGCCCGAACUGCGGAAAGUACUCGCAAAGGGCAGCUACAACUCGGUGCCACCGAAGGAUGCGCAGCAUUUGCUCUAUCGCCAGGUGGCCAAGUCGCAGCUCUACCCCGAUCGAUUUUACUUCUCGCGGGAUGCACGUGUCAAGUACUACUACCACAUGUACAUAGACGACGGCUUAGCAGCGGAGUUGGCGCGACGCAUCAAGCGAAAGCCCUAUCUCAUCAUCAAGGGUUCCCUGUCGCCCUUUGUGGGACCCCACUGUGACGAGCCCAUGUCCAUUUUGCGCCAAAACAAUCCGCACUUUGAGUUCCACGUAGUGGAAGGCACCCAUCAUGCGCAUCUGCAUAAUGCCGAGGAGUGCGCCAAGCACAUUGUGCCCUUCAUCAGACACCAUCGUCCACCCCAUUUGACCAGCUGGUCGCUGACGGGCAAAGAGUCGCAGCUCAGCUCCAAGGAGCGACGCCGUGCCCAGGAGCAGUUCUUUGCCAGGAGCAAGCAGAGCCAACAGAGAAGCAAACUGUGAGAUAAAAUAGCGCUUAAAGUGCCACAACUAAAUUUGUAUUAAAUUUAAUUAAAGCAAAUGAUUUUGUACUGUUUUGAGCUAUUUCCGUGCACAGAUCUGUGCGCAUAUAUAAAUAAAUAUUUCAUACAGAUAAGACAGUGGCUCUGGCGCUGCCUAUAUGUUGGGAGGAAGUGAGGCUCCCGUGACACUAGCACACAAAUGUAUUUAAAUUUAUAUUUUUAGUUAACUUAACUACAUCUACCUAUAAUCCUUGGUAUUUAAUCCACCGA